CUUGGCAAACUUUCUUUGGUUGGGGCAGAAGCCUGGAUCACAACUCACAACAGAAUUCCUCCCUGGCUGGAGUUGCUGGAUGACAACUCAGAAUUCCUCCCUGGCUGAGAGAGAUUUGGACUUUUGUUGUCCCACCAAAAAAUGUGAUCUCAUUGCGGCGUGGAUGGGACCCUUCUGUCCUGUGGCAUUUCAUCCACCCACGUCCUAUUCCUGGUUUGGCCCCUGGAGAGAGCCGUGCUCGUUUGUUGUGUUAGUUGAAAGACAAAACAAGCUUUGUUCGGGAUGGAGGGGGACCGUCUGGCUCUACCCUUCACCAUGGAUGAGCGUUCGCAACGGAGCAGCAUCUCUUCCGCCGGACCCCGCACCCAGGACGUCUUGAUCUACCUUGUGGAUGACACGAUUGUGCGACUCAUAGUGGACAACCUGCCUUCGGUCACGGCGCGCGAACUGCAUCGGAUCGUGGUGGAGACCCUGAGGCUGCCGGAGUACGCCCUGGAGGUGUUCUCUUUAUGGCUCGUCUCGCCGUUUCUGGAGUUGCAGCUAAAGCCGAAGCACCUGCCUUACAAGUUGUGUCGCCAGUGGCAGGAACUCCUUUUCCGAUUCACCAGUUGCUCCGGGGAGGAGAUUCUGGAAGAUGAGCCGUCGUUGCAGUUCCGAAGAGACAUAUUUUUCUCAAGAAGAAAGGAGCUACAGAUUCACGACGAGGAUGUCCUGCGACUCUUGUACGAAGAAGCCAAGUACAACAUUCUAGAAGGGAGGUAUCCGUGUGACGUGGCCGACUGCGAAGCGCUGGGGGCCGUGGUUUGCCGGGUGAACCUCGGCCCCUUUGACCCCAAGCAGCACACGGCCUGUUUCUUGAAAGAGAAGCUGGACACCUUCCUGCCCUCCCAUCUUUGCCAAAGAGGACAUGGGCUUCUCGCCGCUCUGUGGAGACGUGGGGCCACCCGGCCCCCUGCCGCCGAGCAAGGGCUGCUGCGUGCCUACCACUCGGUAUCCAAGGAGGAAGAUGAUGCGGCUUGUGAGGAGCACGCUGCCUUGUGCAAGCUGUAUCACACCUACCUGCAGAAGUGCCACGAGUUGCCUUAUUACGGCUGCGCCUUCUUCUCUGGGGAAAUAGACAAGCCGGCCCAGGGCUUGCUGCAUCGGGGCGGGCGCAAAGCGGUGACGGUGGCCAUCAGUUUGGAAGGCGUCUACGUCAUCGACAGCAAGGAGAAGCAUGUCCUUCUAGGCCUUCACUUCCAGGAGCUUUCAUGGGACCACACGUUCCCGAGUGAGGAGGAGCACAUCCUGUGGCUGGAGUUUGAUGGGGAGAGCGAAGGCACGCCAGUCAACAAGCUGCUCAAAAUCUACUCCAAGCAGGCUGAACUCAUGAGCGGUCUAAUCGAGUAUUGCGUUGAGCUGAACGCAGCGGCCGAGGAGAUGGAUCAGGACGGCGCUGCUGCCAGGUCGGCGCCCUCCUCUGAACCCCAGACGGCUCCCCCAGAGCCCCACCGGCGAUACCCCAAACUGCAGCGCCAGGAGAGCGUGCUCUGCAGCCGCAUCCAGCAUCUUUCCACCAUCGACUACGUGGAGGAGGGAAAAGAGAUCAAGAGGGUGAAGCCGCGGCGGACGGCCUCUUUCUUCGGCCGCCAGCUGUCAAACGUCCCCACCUCCUACGCGGCCGUGCGGGCUGCGGAGAACCUGGAACAAGGGUGAUCCCUCUUGGCGACAAAGCGACCAGCUGACCUCAGCUUGGGGUGGGGAACCAACUCAUCAUUGUGUCAACGUUGUCUCUUCCGGAGUAAAAAUGCCAUCUCGCCUCCUGCCUGUCUCCCGUCGUCUCCAAAGAUGCCACGUUGAUUCUCUUUGACUUCUGUCCAGCUUGUAUCUCGUCGGUUUGUUUCAGGUUUGGGCAACCCUUAAAAUGCCUUGUUUUCUACUCUAGGGGUCUCUUCCUUCGUCACUACCCUGUUUCUGUUCCCAGCAUGCAGUGGAGACCCCAUCGGUACAUCAGCAGCACCUGGAAGCUUUGCGUUCUUUUUUGGGGAUCAACGUUCCCUCUUCUGUCUCCGUGGGCUGCCCCAAAUCCUGUCCCUUCGGCCUCAUCCAGCAAGAUUUUUCACUUGGAACAGAAUCAAACAGAGCAGUCCGGGUGGAAUCCUCCACUGUCCGACUUGGAAGGGGAAUAACUGAGCUUUUUACCUAUUCCUGGCCCUCUGCAUUGAAUGUUUGCUUUGCUUUCCCACCAUGGCAGUGGCUUCCUUAAGUCAAUUUUUGUCAAAUCACUCCUCUGGUCAUUUUUAUAUCAUAUCACUGAAAGGCGGGGAUAUAAUAUAUUUUCACACCGUUGGAUGACUUAGGAACCUAGCAGAGUUCAUAUUGAAAAGGGGCGUUGGGUUGAGCGGUCGUCAUUUCUACUGGCUUAAAAACACACACUUUAAUAAGGGUGGAAGGGGUUAUGCUAAAACGUGAUUUGGAAGCAGGUUUAAAUGGGUUUCUUUGGAUGUUUGGAGUGGGGCGAAGGAGGACUUUGUAAUCUCUUUGGGCAUUCAGAAAAGGGAUAGUCUGGGUUCAGGAGAAGGCUGGUCCCUUCCAGCGUGGUUAUCCAAAUGUGUGAAAGGGGGGGGGGUCCUCUACCUACGGAGCCUCACCAAAUCACUGGGAUCCCCACCCCCACCCCGGGGCCCUUCCAUCGGGGGGGGGCUGUCUGCCCUUUGGAGGGACAUUCUCCAUGUGGGGCACAAUUUAGAAGACGUCCAAGGAGGAGGAAAACUCGCCUCUCUCCCCCCCUUUCCCAUGCAUUCAGAUUAACUUUUUUCCAAAACGGCCAAAGAGAGAGAGAGAGAGCGCGCCCUGGCAUACUUUGAACUGCGCUUUGGUGUUUACGAGCUUUUUUUCCCCCCUUUUUAAGUCUCUGCGUUAAUUGUCUAAAGAGGAGGCUCUCUUUCUGAUGUAGGAAAGCCCUAACAUUUCCUUCCGGAUCUCUCAGGUUGUCUUCACGGCUAGCCGUUUUUCUUCUCCUUUCCUCAAUGCCUUUCCUGAGUUGGAAGAGCUUCAGACGUGAUGAUUUUACCAUGCUGUUUUGCAGCUCCCUUCAAGCCUCAUCAUCUGUCAACCUCACUAGAGCAUCCUUUGGAUAUAACACCGUUCCUCAUAGGGUGGCCACAGAUAGGUUUGGUGUUUUUUUUUUUAAGCUGCAAGAUGAAUUUUGCAUACCAAUACACCUGUUUGUCACAUGAUUGUUUCAGAAAGUGCCAGUUCUUGGUUUUACUCCAAAGUAACACUAUGCCAUCGAUCUUUUACUAAUUUUUCCCCCAAGAAUUUGUAUAUACAUGCGCACUUAGUAAUUUGCAUCGUUUACUGGAAUAAAGAUAAUGGAUUCGA